UACAAAUUCGGCGCAGGAACCGGGCGCGUCACUGUCGAAACGGCCCCAAACGAUCAGCGAUCAGUGCCGGAGCAUGUUCGCACCCCCCCAGAGCCAGUCUGGCGUCCUGGACCAGGGCCAGGACAGCUACGAGCUGAAUGUCAACGGAAUGGCUGCGGCUGCGGCUGCGGCUGGCGUGCGCGGCAACGAACUCUUUCAGGGCUAUUCGGACGAGCUGCUGACCUUCGCCUGGGUGGCCUGCAUCGUUUUCAUAAUUGUGGGCGUGCCCGGCAACCUGCUGACCAUUGUGGCGCUCUCACGUGGCCGUCAGACGCGCAACUCCACGGCCAUAUUCAUCAUCAAUCUGUCCUGCUCGGAUCUGCUGUUUGGAUGCUUCAACCUGCCCCUGGCCGCGUCCACGUUCAUGCAGCGUGCAUGGACGCACAGCGAUCUGCUGUGCCGGCUCUUCCCCAUGCUGCGCUACGGCCUGCUGGCCGUCUCCCUGCUAUCCGUCUCGCUGAUCACCAUCAAUCGCUACAUCAUCAUUGCCCAUCCGAGGCAGUAUCCCAGGAUCUAUCAGCGCCGCUAUCUGGCCUUGAUGGUGGCCGGAACUUGGGUGUUGACCUUCUCCAUUAUGAUACCGACGUGGCGCGGCGUGUGGGGCCGCUUUGGGCUGGACACGAGCAUUGGCUCGUGCUCGAUACUGCACGACCAGUACGGCCGCUCGCCAAAGGAGUUCCUCUUCACCGCCGCCUUCAUGCUGCCCUGCAUCUGCAUCGUGAUCUGCUAUGCCCGCAUCUUUCUGCUCGUACGCCAGGCGGCCAUACGCGCCGGCACCAGCAAUGCCGCCAUGCCAACAGCAGCAGCAGCAGCAGCGGCGCCCCAAUCCCUGGCCAUGCCCAAGACGGCGACGACGGUGGAAAGCAGGGAAAAGGCGAGCACUUCCAGCUUGGAGCCGGAGCCGGAGCCGGAGCACGGCCAGCGACCGUUUGUGGUGGACGAGUAUAUAGCAUAUAUCGAUGAUAAUGCCUCCAACGAUAGUCUGCCCAUAUCGUACAGCAUCGGCAGGCGACAAAGGGAGAAUCAGCAUCAGAAUCAGGAGGAUCAUCAGCUGCCGGUCGAUGUGAAUGUGGUGCUAAAAGAGCUAGACACAAAUAAAGCCAAGAACCAGACACAGACCCAGCUGGAGCAGAGCAAGAACUCCACAAAGAACCCGAACGUUGCCAAUCCCAUAACCACCUCGCUGCGCACCUCCUUUACGCGCUUCAGUCCACGAAAAUCGCACUACGUGUCGAUGGGCAACACAUCGAAUGCCUCGUCCAUCUAUCCGGGACGGAUGAGUGUCAAGGAUCGGCGCCUGCUCAAGAUGAUACUGGUGAUCUUUGUGUGGUUCGUCAUCUGCUAUCUGCCGAUCACGGUGGCCAAGAUCUGGAAGAGCGCCACCGAGGUGCAUGUGUUCAAUAUUGCCGGCUAUCUGCUCAUCUAUCUGACCACCUGCAUCAAUCCGCUGAUCUAUGUGCUGAUGAGCUCGGAGUAUCGACGCGCCUACUGGAAUCUGUUGCGCUGCCAUGGCCCAGCCGAUCCGCAUCAGCAAAGGCACAAUGCCAAUGCCAAUGCGAAUGCCAAUGCGAAUGCCGCCAAGAAAAAGCUGCAGGAGUCGCAGCGACAGGUGAAGGCGUGAGGCCCCCAAAAGGGGAAUCAUACAUUGAAAAAUAGUUAUCGGCGUGAAGGAGGCAUCACUGUAAAAGCAAGCAAGCAAGCUCUUAGCUCACUGGCUCACAAAAGGACUCUCAAAUAUCGUUCCGUUCCGAUUCGAUCCGAUUCUUCCUUCCAAGCAUUCAACACACACAGAUCACCCAUCUACACACACACACA